AUGAUUAAUGGAGAAAAGACUUGUCCUUCCGAAAAUAAAUGUGGACGAUAUGGAUAUUGUUAUAUGAAAGGAAACACAACGUCAUGUGAAUGUAAAUUUUGGUGGGAAGGAGAAUUAUGUAAUCAACAGUCAGAUAGUGGAAAACAAGUAAUUAUACUUGGUUGCUUGACGGGAACACUUAUUAUCAUUUUCUACAGUUUACAAAUCAUUCGAACUAUUUAUAAGAAAUACAGACAACCAAAAGCAAAUACGAACAAAGAAAUAUCAAAAGAUUCGAAACUUAUAAAUGUAGCAAUUGAACAUGUAAAAAAAUCAACUCCAAUAUCAUCAAGUUUUAUCGCUAUUUUGAUGAUUAUUGUUGCUAUUGGCACUCUUCUUGCUAAAUGGUCAAUUCUAAAAGAGAUUCAUGCUGAAAUAGUUAAUAAAUAUAAAAAUAAAGAACCAAUCUAUUUCAACAGAAAAUCUUUUUGUGAUAUACUUGAUAUUCAACAAUUCAAUGUAGUGACAUUUCCUGUUGCUUGUCUAGUUGUCAUCAUAUGUAUGAUAACGACUAAACGAAUCUCAUUUAUGAGAAAUAAAUGCUAUGGAUAUGGAGCACCACCAGUGCCACUUGAUUUUCUUUCACAUUUAGAUCGAAAAUUUGCUGCUGUUAUUUUUGCCAUUAUAGCCGAUGAAUUGUUUGGAAUAGUACAACAACUUGGCGCGUCAUCAGGUUUAAAUGAAGGCAUUCUUGUUAAAUUUCUUUUACGUAUAUUUCAAGUAUUAAUAAUGGGCUUUCGGUUUUAUCCUAUAUUGGCUUGUGUUUAUAUCAAUUCGAUAGUUACAUUAGUAUGUGCAACAAUAUAUGCAUGGCUUGAUUAUUCAUUUACAAUUGUUACUCAAGGUAUGUGUUAUCCAACGUAUUAUCCAACGUAUGAUGAAUAUGAGACAAAUACAACUGAUAUUAGUGAUAAGUUAGAUUAUUAUGGUACUGGUUCAGCAUUGAUUGCUAUUGAAUUAUGUAGUGAUAUUCCAAGAUAUCUAUGUUUAGCUUAUGUAAGUGUUAAAUUACCAGCAAUGUUAAUAGAAAAAAUAUAUAAUCAACGAAAAAAACAUUUAACAGAAGAAAAUAAAAUGUUAAUGUCAUUAACACGAGAAGAAAAACUUUUAUUAUGUAUAUCUCAUCCAGAAUCGCCUGAAAUGCUUUAUGUACGAAACUUAUUUCGUUCAGCUAAUGAAAGACCUAGAAGUGAAAUAUUAUUUGCUCGUUUAAUACCAAAAUUUAUUUAUGAAUGGAGAGAUGAUUUUCAAUUUUCAACACGUGUUUUAUGUCUUUAUUCAUCUAUAUUCUUUUUACUUUUCUUUGUUACUGUUGACGCUUGUGUAGGCAUUUUACCUAUAUUAAAUACUAUGCAACCAAAUCUGCAAAUUCUUGUGGAAUCUAUCAUUAAUCUAAUUGAUUCAAUAAUCAAUUUAUUCUCUAAUAAUGGUGAUAAUCAAGAUCCGGUUUCAUUGACAUUUCCACUACCAAAUUUAGUUAAAUCAUACUAUUGUGCUGUAACUAUGACAGUAACAAUUAUUGUUAUACAGUUAAUAGUAUUUCUAGCUAAUAUACGUCGAAAUUUAUUACAGGUAUAUCGUGGUGAUGAUAGUGAAAUACCACGAAGACAGAGGUCACAAUAUGUUACAUAUGCUACCGGAAAUUUUCAUUUUGCUGGAUAUUUUAUUGGUUAUUUAAUAUGGGGUUUUAUUAUAAUAGCAUUUUUUUCGACAAUAUUUUGUAUUUCUAUUGGUGCAUUUAUUACAUUUGGAAAUGUUAAAGUGUUAGAAAAAAUUUUAAAAUUCAUUCUACCAAGUCUUUUACUUGUUACUUUUAAAGUAUUUCUCAACAAGCUUCUUGCACAAUAUGUUUUCUUACAACAUUAUGGAGAUGUCUUAGCAUUGGAUAAUCGUCGGUUUUUUAUGAUAUUUAUUUAUUUUAAUUUCUUCUUAGAUGCUUUUCUUGGUUUUAUUUCAUCAAUAUUACGUUUCGUUAAAAGUAUUAUUGGUGCAACAUUUUAUAUGUGUCGAUUAGAUUAUUCACCAUUAGGACGAAAAUUAGAAACAUUCGAUAGUGGUUUUAGUGCAUAUUGUGGGUUUAUUCAUACAGAAUGUACUCAUCGACAUCCAAUUAUGCUAGUAUUUGUUUCACAUUUAUUUAGUGAGCUUCGAAAACAACAAUAUUCAAUGACUCAUAUCGAUUUAGAUGAUUUUCCACUUGAAGAAAAAUGUGCAGUUGAAGUGAAAAAAACAUCAAAAUAUAUUCGAAAAUGGAGAUUAGCAGUUUUUCUUGUUCGAAAUCCAGCUAUUGUGUUUUUUAGAAAAACCUUUCUUAAACAAUUAUGUUUUGAGGAUCUUCAGGCAAUAAAUGAUGUUGAUAAUGAUAAUCAACAUAAUACUCAACGAGGAGCAGCUUUUUAUAUUCGUCAAAUGGCUGCACAACGGCCAAGUUUUGUUAACGAAAUCGAUCCAGCACAGAUCAUAAUUCAAAGGUUUUGAACAUAGAAGUUUUACAAAAUUAUUUUUGUUUCGGACUAUUUUUUAUAUAAAUGAAACAUUAUAAACGAUGUUGAUGAAUAAUUUUAUAUGGAAAUUUUUCUAACUGAUUGAUAUUAAUUGUAUCUAAUAAUAUUUGGUUUGUAUUUGAAUUUUACUUAAAUUGAAAUUCUUUUUUGUUUUGUAUUUUCGAUAAAUAAAUAUAUUUUUAAUAUAGUUGAGAAAUUCCUAUUUAAUAUUCAAAAGGCAUUUCAAAUCAAUUUAUACUAAGUAGACUAAUAAAAAACAAAAUCUGAGUAGUCAAUCAAUCGAAAACUCGACUUAGAAGAAAAUGUUUUCAACAUAUGAAUUGCUUUUUAAACGAAUGCUAGUGAAUAAACGUUAUCGACCGUGCUGAACUCAUAUAUUCCUAUAAGAAACACUAUUAGGUCUAUAUAUUUUAGUUUCGUAGAAGACCGGUUUUGUAGAGUACCAAACUUACGGCCAAAUUUUUCAUUUCUUUGUUCAAAUUAUAAAGUAUAUCGAAUUAUCUACAAAAAAAAAGUAACUUAGUCUGUUUCAAAUCAGUUAUUUUUAAGAAAUUUACAGCCAUUUUAAUUCAUAUAACAGAUACACAUCAACGUUUUACUGAGAAAAGUUCCAAGAAGAUAUUAUUUUGUGUAAAACUCAUUUUUGGAAAAACAGAAAAGAUUAUUUUCUCAUAAAGAACUGAAUAUGUUCUAUAAUGUGAGUAGACCUAAAACAAUUUUGGUGACAAGCUUGUUAGUCUAGAAAAUCGGUUUCUUAGAAAACUUAUACAAGAAGACCUAAGAUUUCUUAUGAUCAUAUUCGAAAUCAGAUUAGUCAUUAACUCAUAAUCCAAUAGUUUUUGGUGAGAAAGCGAUUGAUCAGUUGACAAUGUUUCCCUCGUUUGUUAUUCACGAUUAUUCAAUGUUAUUAAUCAAUAUUCUGUAUAUCCACAAGUGUUUUAUCUUGUGUUUUUCGAACACAGUCUUCUUUUCAAAGUCAUAAUUGAUAGUAUUGUAUUCGCUGAUUUCAUUAUUAUGGAAGUGCUAGUCCUUCUUUCUGCUUAUAUAGUCUUCCAAAUCUUAUACAUGGUAUAAACCAUUAUUUUCAAGUUGGUUACGACCGUCUUGAGAUGAAACAAUGACAGUGCAUCAAAUGAAUCAUCAGUGAGAGAGAAUAGUAAAACGCAUUGACUUUUGUUACUAAUUUUAAAGACUAAAAUAUAUAUGAAGAAGAAGAAAAUAUACGUAAACGAACACGAGACAACCAAUUUGCUUUUCUCGUCUACAAAAAAAAACAUUCCAUCAAUGAUAAAAAAAUAAUGAUUCGUUGUUUUUUAUUCAUGGAUUGUACUUUUGAUGUCUUAAAAUUCAUUAAAAACUUAUUAGCGAAAAUAAAAUAAAAAACUAAUCUCAAAAAUUUGAGUAUCACUGUUUUUACUAGAAUUCUUCUCAACUUAUUCGUGUCAUCAAUCUAGUUUCGUUAAUUAAUUUCUUUCUGCAAUAGUUCUGUACUUUUGUAUAAGGUGCGGAUUUUCAAAUUACCAUUGUCGAUAUACAGAGUGGCGCAAAAGUCACUUUACCGAAAAAAAAUUGAAGAUCUCCAUUACGCUUCUAGCAAACGAGCUGAUUUUUUUAUUAAUGAUAGAGUCAUGUCUAAGCUUUAUAUCCAUAAAGAAUAUGCCUAGAGAGACUCUUCGUUAAGUAUCACUAUUGAGCUCAACAAAAAAUUUUAAUUUUUCACAGAUAGAAAAAAACCAGUAUGUUUAACAAAGGGUCUCUCUUGGCAUGUCUUUAUGAGUAUAGGACUUGAACAUGCCUCUAUGAUUGAUAAAAAAAUCAGCUCUUUUGCUUGAACUAUAAUGAAAAUAUUCAAUUUUUUUCGGUACAAUGGCUUUUACAUCAUAUUGUAUAUUGUUUUUUUUCCUAUCCGCGAAAAAGUAAAAUUUUUUGUUGAGCUGAAUAGUGAUACUUAACAAAGAGUUUCUCUAGGCAUAUCUUUACGGAUAUAAAGUUUAGACAUGACUCUAUCAUUAAUAAAAAAAUCAGUUCGAUUCCUAGAACUGUAAUGGAGAUUUUCAAUUUUUUUUUCGGUAAAGUGACUUUUGCGCCACCCUGUAUAUUUCAUUUUAUUUUAAUUGUAACAAUGUUUAUUAUUAGUUUUUUAAUAUCAAUAAAAUGCUUGAGAACGGCGAGAUAAGUUCUAUUUAUUUCUAUCGAUUGAAAUACUCUUUAACAAAUAAAAUACAAAUGUUUUUUUUUAUGAAUAUUCAACAAUAUACUAUGUACUUUUUUUAAAAUUUUUUGCGAUCACUGAUGGCAUUCAGGUUUUAACAAUACUUAAAGACAAAUGGAAAGACAGUAGAAAACCUAAUGAAAACAAGAAGAGAGAGAAACAAAAAAGGUAGUUUAUUUAGAUAGAGAUCAAGAACAGUCUGAGUGGAAAGCUGAAAUACAUAAAUAGCCUUUGUAUAUCUGAAAUUAAAGUGCAUCAGAAAAAAAUUUUGUAAUUUAUACAAAUCGAACGUGUCAUAAUCAAUUACCAAAUAAGCAGGACAAUAAGAAGCGUGACACUGUAUAACAUAUUAUUCAAGAAUAGAUCUAUGUCCAAAAAAAGCUUUUUGACUGGUGCAAACAUUUAAUAGGAUAUUCUUUCAGCAGUCAAGAUCUUCGAAAGUUAAUACUAUUGCCUUGUUCUAGUAAGAGUUCUUUAUCAAUCGAAUUUAAUAGCACAGCUACAGAUCUAUUUUAAUACUUAAAAUGUCUACUUUUUGAAGAAACUUCAUCAUGUACACUUUCAGAAAAAAGUAUCCGACUGUGUGAAGGCAAUACACAACUCUUCUCAGAACGGUAUAGUAAAACUGAAAUAGAUCAUCUUGUUAGUUUUGUGUAAUAACUGGAAACAAUACGUUCUCGUCGAAGAAUUGCAAUCGAUUGAACUUGCAAUUCAUGCAUUUCUAUGAGCAAAAGUAAACCUAAGCUCAAAGUUGAAUUUUGUUUCUUUCAAUCUUUCUUAUAUAUUUUAUUAAAGUUUCACACAUUGAUAAUGCUGUGAUUACUCUUUGCUCUAAAUUGAGUAACACAACUAUCCUGAAUUAUUCAUGAAAUCAAUUUUUACCCAUGUACUUGAUUUUAAUCAAAUCUAGCGUAGUUACGGUCAUACUACAAUCACACUAUGAUCCAUAAUUUUGAACAAUAGCAGCAUAACUAUGUAUAACUACGAUUCUUCCGCUAUAGCUACAUGUGACUGUGUUACAAUUUCCUUCAAUUACAAUUGAUUUGCGGUGCUAUAACGCUACUAUUUUUUUGCAACUAUGUGUCACAAUAUGUCGCACUGUAAUCUCAACUGGAUCACAAAUCGAUCGUAAUGAAACUCAUAAAAAGACAUG